AUGGUGGCCGGCCAUUCAUCAAGGCCCCGGAAUCCGAUGGACAUCUCAAUGACGGGAUUGGAUACCUGCAUCAGAUCGAAGUUCCAUAUUAAUGCUUCCAUAAAAGGAGAUUCUAGGUUGGUCGCUUCACGAAAGACAUUGCUUAGGACUAAUGGGUCUCACGACAGGUGCACGAUUAACUUUGCAUGCUCCAUUCUUCGUGGCAGGCAAGCUACAUUGAUCCGCCUUCGGCUUCAAUUCCUUCAAAGCAUGUGCCUUCUCUUCCGUACAAUAGAUGAAAGAAGUCUAGCAAAUAUGCUCAACAGUUUCCAGAGAAUGGGUUGUAUAAUUGGGUUCCCGUAUUGUGAAAAUAUGAGGUUAAAGAAGGGGAGUAAAGUUGAAGUUUUAAACAAGAGCGAAGAUCCUGAUGGGUCAUGGUGGUGCGCAGAGAUCAUUUCUGGUAAUGGACAUAACUACUAUGUUAGAUAUGAUCGCCAUCUAUCUGAUGUUGGUUCUUCUAUGGAAAGAGUACCAAGAAGGGCCAUUAGGCCCCGUCCUCAAUCAGAAAAGGGUCGUCUGGAUUGGGUGCCUGGUGAUAUUGUCGAAGUACUUAAUAAUUUUUCAUGGAUCGUUGCCAAAAUAAUUAUGUUUUCUGGUGGAGAGUACUUCUCUGUUAGACUCCAUGGUUCUUCUACAGAACUUAUUGUCCACUCAUCUUGCAUUAGGCUAAGAAAAUGUUGGCAGGAUGACAAAUGUUCAUUUCUGGAGAAUGAUGCACUUGAAUUUACAGUUUUUCUUAGUAAUAAUUCUUUUAUUGAAAUUGGGUCUAAGUAUUUCGCUAUUUCCUUUCAGAAUUCUGCAAAAUGUUGGAAUAAAAUUACAAAUGGGGUAUCAAAAGAGAAGUUAAUUUCUAACAUACCGCAACCCAUCGAUGAUCAGGGUACUUCUCAGUUUUCUGCGAGGAGUGUGAAUAAAAGGGUCAGGAAUUGCUCACAAUCGCUUGAAAAAUGUACUGGAACUUUCAGAAAGAUGAGGGCUGUCGAGAAAGAAGGUGUUUUUGAAUGGAACUCGGCACGGGAAAAGGUAGAUGCUGUUACUUCACCAUGGACAAAGUUUGGUGUAAAGUGCUUGUAUUCUUCCUUAAUCAACAGAAACACGGCAACUUUUGAAACAAAUCAAGUGGUUCGAGUAUCAAAUGCUGAUGGCGGACGUUGUUAUAGAUUUAGGCUGGAUGGUACUGAUGCUGAGAGUAUCUCAUCCUCUGUUGGUAGCUGCGGUGUUAACAAAAGCCCUUGUAGGUCAACGUGCGUUCCUUUUAAUGGCAUGGGUCAAGAUAUGAAAUCUCACUGUGAUCUAUCAGAAGCUUCUGCUAUUUUAGGAAGAAAAAAAUCUCUUACAACGAGUGCGGCAUUGAACCAAGGAAUCCAUAGCCUUGAGUUACAUGCCUAUCGUUGUACAAUAUCAGCAUUUUAUGCUUCUGGGCCCAUGAACUGGGAACAAGAAGCAUUGCUGACAGACCUUCGCCGUAUGCUCCACAUUUCAAUUGAUGAACAUUUAAUGGAGCUUAAAAACCUAGUUUCUGGCCAAAUAAAUAAUUCUUUUAGAUAA